GCUUGAGCAGUGUCAGUCAGCAGGCAAAGAAAUUCGUCUUCAGGUUGCGUGUGCGGCUGUUUGAAAUUUUCUUCUAUUCUCCCAGAAAAGGAAAACUCUUCUAACUUUCCAACAAUGUUUUCUCGUACGCUAAAGGCUGCAGCGGUUCAAGGAGCAAAGAAUUUCUCCACCAGCGGCCAGAACAACGUAAAAGUAGCGGUAUGCGGUGCCUCCGGUGGAAUCGGUCAACCGCUUUCGUUACUGCUGAAGCAGAGCCCGCUGGUGACCGAAUUGUCGCUGUACGAUAUCGUUCACACGCCCGGUGUCGCUGCGGAUUUGUCUCACAUUGAAACGCACUCCAAGGUCACCGGUUACAAUGGUCCGGAAAACCUGGAGAAAGCCCUCGCCGGAGCGCAGAUUGUGAUAAUCCCGGCCGGUGUGCCGCGCAAGCCGGGUAUGACCCGGGACGAUCUGUUCAACACGAACGCUUCGAUCGUUCGCGAUCUGGCUGCCGGAUGUGCCAAGGCUUGCCCGAAGGCACUGAUCGGAAUCAUUUCCAAUCCAGUCAACUCGACGGUCCCGAUCGCCUGCGAUACGCUGGCCAAGGCAGGUGUCCUGGACCCCAAGCGAGUCUUUGGCGUAUCGACGUUGGACAUCGUUCGUGCCAACACGUUCAUCGGGGAAGCUUCCGGUGUUGACCCACAGAAGGUCAACGUUCCCGUCAUUGGUGGCCACUCGGGUGUAACCAUCAUUCCGGUUCUGUCGCAAGCCACCCCUUCGGUCAGCUUUCCCCAGGAUAAGGUAGCCGCGCUGACCGAACGCAUCCAGGAAGCCGGUACGGAAGUUGUCAAGGCAAAGGCCGGUGCCGGUUCGGCCACACUCUCGAUGGCGUACGCAGGGGCUCGUUUCGCUCUGGCGCUGGCUCGCGCCAUCAACGGCGAAAAGAACGUGAUUGAGUGUGCCUACGUGCGCUCGGACAUCACCGAGGCGAAAUAUUUCUCCACACCGCUCGUGCUGGGUAAGAAUGGACUCGAGAAGAACCUCGGACUGCCAAAGUUGAACGCUUUCGAACAGGAUCUGCUGAAAAAAGCCAUCCCAGAGCUGAAGAAGAACAUCCAGAAAGGCGAGGACUUCGUCAAGAAGAACUAAAUCGCGACGAGUAUUGAGCUAUUCGACUAAUUUUUUUCUGGGCAAAUACCUAAGACUAAGGUUCAGCGCAUUUGGUUUUCUACAAAAACAAAACAUACAAAGCAAUCUAACAAAUAAUCUAGCAAAUUUUUAGUGUCACGAUCCACUCGCUGGGAUGAAAGAUAUUAACGAUAUUAUUGAGGCGUAGUGAAACAUUGAAAAAUCCAAGGAAACCAAAUCCCAAAGAAUGUAUAACACAUUUUAAAUGUGCUUUAGAAAAUGACACCCAAAUCAAUAAAAGGUUAAUCUUUUGUUUUGUAACACCAUA